AUGAACAAGCCCGGUCCAUGUGCAAUGCGUCUCCAGGACAUAGAGUCACUGUCGCCAGCUUCUAAAAGUGCUACCAUAAGAUCGAUCGCCAAUGACAUCUCCAGCGUAUUCAUACGCAUCUAUAAGCUGGUCGAUCGCGGAAUCCUUAGCUCCAAACAUACGGCUCCUAUUGACGAGGUGAUUCAAAUCAUCACGCGCGUCGAGGGCUCGCACCGUCGCAUGCUGGGGCGCACAAUUAGACGUUACCAACGACGGGCAAAACAGUGGCGAAGGGAGAAAAGAUGGAUGCGCAGGCAAUUCGGGGAGUUUGUGAAACGGUCCGAUGCAAUGCAUGGACGGUGGAAAAAGAGAGUAGAGAAAUUGAACAAGGAGCUCGCAUACACUAAGAGAGUUUUCAAAUGCGAUUUCCUCCACACCAUAGCGGGAAAUGGCAACAGACGAGCGGUAGGGGAAGAUAAGUCUGUUCGGACCAAUGAGACGUCUGUUGCGAGUGAUCCCUUGCAAUGA